AUGCAGAGAGGUGGGCAGGGAAAAUCGGCGGAGGAGGGAGGGCAGGGGGACGGCAGGGAUGAGGGCAGGGCGGAGGACAGGGAGGAGGGCAGGGAGGAUGGUAAAGAGGAUGGCAGGGAUGAUGGUAGAAAGGAGGGCAUGGAUGAUGGUAGAGAGGAGAGCAGGGAUGAUGGUAGAGAGGAGGGCAUGGAUGAUGGUAGAGAGGAGGACAAGGAUGAUGGUAGAGAGGAGAGCAGGGAUGAUGGUAGAGAGGAGAGCAGGGAUGAUGGUAGAGAGGAGGGCAUGGAUGAUGGUAGAGAGGAGGGCAGGGGUGAUGGUAGAGAGGAGGGCAGGGAUGAUGGUAGAGAGGAGGGCAUGGAUGAUGGUAGAGAGGAGGGCAUGGAUGAUGGUAGAGAGGAGGGCAGGGAUGAUGGUGGAGAGGAGGGCAUGGAUGAAACAACAUUCUUGUCCUUUACCAUGCAAACAGUUCGCAUGGAGUAA